CGGGGCUCCGAGCCGGGGUUCGGCUGCCGCCUCGUCGAGCGGAGGACGUGGGAGGCCGAGGCCCGAGUCUCAGCAAAGUGGCAGUUCAGUGUGUUUUAAAAACUGAAGAUUAGCGGCUGCUACCCUCUGUCUUCUCGCCUUUUAACAAAGAAUAAAUGGGGUGUUGGAGAAGAAAGCUAAAUUAGAAUAAGAGUUUUACAAAUGGCUUCAGAAUCAGUGACUGGGAAACCAGCUCGGAAUCACUUCCCAAAAGGGAAAAGGCAGCAGCAUCCCAUAAAGAACAGAUCUCCAGUGAGUGACUGCGAUGGCGAGGACUCCUUUAUCUUUGAAGCGAAUGAAGCCUGGAAAGAUUUCCACAGCUCUCUUCUUCGAUUUUAUGAAAAUGGAGAACUCUGUGAUGUCACACUCAAGGUUGGUUCAAAGCUCAUCUCCUGUCACAAACUGGCACUGGCUUGUGUUAUUCCCUACUUCAGAGCCAUGUUUCUCUCUGAAAUGGCAGAAGCCAAGCAAACACUAAUUGAGAUUAGAGAUUUUGAUGGCGAUGCAAUAGAGGACCUGGUGAAAUUCGUCUACUCUUCACGGCUGACAUUGACUGUGGACAAUGUCCAGCCUCUCUUGUAUGCGGCCUGCAUCCUUCAGGUUGAACUGGUGGCCAGAGCUUGCUGUGAGUACAUGAAGCUGCAUUUCCAUCCUUCCAACUGCCUAGCAGUGCGGGCUUUCGCAGAAAGCCACAACCGGAUAGACCUCAUGGACAUGGCCGACCAGUAUGCCUGCGAACACUUCCCUGAGGUUGUGGAAUGUGAGGACUUUGUGAGUGUGUCACCCCAGCACCUGCACAAGCUACUGUCCUCCAGCGAUCUGCACAUUGAGAGUGAAAAGCAGGUCUACAGCGCCGCUAUCAAGUGGCUUCUUGCCAACCCCCAGCAUCAUUCCAAGUGGCUGGACGAGACCCUGGCACAGGUCCGUCUUCCAUUAUUGCCGGUUGAUUUUCUUAUGGGUGUAGUAGCAAAAGAACAAAUUGUCAAGCAAAAUCUAAAAUGUAGAGAUUUACUGGAUGAAGCAAGAAAUUACCACCUUCAUCUAAGUAGCAGAGCCAUACCUGACUUCGAAUACUCCAUUCGGACUACCCCGAGGAAGCACACUGCGGGUGUGCUGUUCUGUGUAGGAGGUCGAGGUGGAUCUGGUGACCCCUUUCGCAGUAUUGAGUGCUAUUCUAUCAACAAAGACAGCUGGUUCUUUGGACCAGAAAUGAACAGCCGGAGGCGACAUGUGGGUGUGAUCUCUGUGGAAGGUAAAGUGUACGCAGUAGGGGGACACGAUGGCAAUGAACAUUUGGGCAGCAUGGAGAUGUUUGAUCCUCUCACCAAUAAGUGGAUGAUGAAGGCCUCGAUGAACACAAAGAGGCGAGGAAUUGCCUUGGCCUCCUUGGGAGGCCCAAUAUAUGCCAUCGGAGGGCUGGACGACAACACUUGCUUCAAUGACGUGGAGAGAUACGAUAUCGAAUCCAACCAGUGGAGUGUGGUGGCCCCGAUGAACACUCCCCGCGGAGGCGUCGGCUCCGUGGCGCUCAUGAGCCAUGUUUAUGCAGUAGGUGGCAAUGAUGGAGUGGCUUCUUUGUCCAGUGUGGAGAGGUAUGAUCCACAUCUGGACAAGUGGAUAGAAGUGAAAGAAAUGGGUCAACGACGAGCAGGCAAUGGAGUCAGUGAGCUUCACGGCUGCUUAUAUGUUGUUGGUGGUUUUGACGAUAACUCUCCUCUGAGCUCUGUUGAGCGGUAUGAUCCUCGAAACAACAAGUGGGAUUACGUGGCCUCGCUCACCACUCCCAGGGGUGGGGUGGGGAUUGCCACGGUGAUGGGCAAAAUCUUUGCAGUCGGUGGUCACAACGGCAAUACGUACUUAAACACAGUGGAAGCCUUUGAUCCAGUGCUGAACAGGUGGGAGCUUGUGGGCUCUGUGUCUCACUGCAGAGCUGGUGCAGGCGUCGCUGUGUGUGCCUGUCUAACAAGCCAGAUUCGGGACGUGGGCCUCGGGUCCAGCAACGUGGUAGACUGUAUGUGACUAGUGCGCAAGCACAUACCAACUGUCGCAUCUGAUGAGCAACAAAGCCAGCCAAGAUUUUGCUAUGAACCCCUUUGAAUUUUAAUGACAACCAGAGACUUAUUUAAAUGUACAACUUUUUGAAUGAUAAUUGAAGAAUUUUUAGUCCUACUGUUAGAUUUGGUACUUCCUGGUUUAAUAAAUAAUGGUGUGGGGAGAAAGACACUUUAACUUGAAACCCAUACCUAUUCUGGAGAAAAUGUGUGAGAUAGUGCCAAAACCUUGAAGUCUCUGUUUGUUUGGAUGAAUCCAAAUGAAAUUUGUUGAGUUUCACUUUUCCUUUGCCUAAAGGGAUUAGCCUUGGGUCAUGGGUCCCUCCAGAUCAGAGCUUAGAAGCUACGUGUGUGUGCCUGGGCACAGAAGACCUGCUGUUCUGGAAAAUCAGUUCUACUUGGUGCUGCUGAAGUUUUGUCUUUUAUUCUAAGUGUUGAUUUUCACUUUCUUGGGUAUUUACAGAAGUAGAAAAACUUUCUGUCUGAAUGUCAGUUGGCUGCAUUCUUGGAAGCUGAUGCAGGCCUUGAUUUCCAUUUGAGUUGCUAAGACACCAAAAAACUUGGCUGUGCUAAUAAUGUCUGGACAAAUCUACACUUUUGUUUUUGUUUUUUGUUUUUUUCCUAUCUCAUGCUGAAAGUGAACCCAAGGAAAUACUAGAGAGGGCUUAGGACUGCUAUCAUCCCAGUGCUUAGACGGGAGACCCUGAGAAGGUGCCAGUUAUACACUGUCUACCAAGGGAACUCUGAACCUGUCUUUACCCUUCUCCUUUGACUUGUUUGAUUUUGAACCCAGGAUUGACCACCAGAACUCUUUGUUGACUAGUUUCAAGUCCAUCGUUAAUGAAACACAUGUUGGGAAAAACAGAGGAAGAUGGAAACUGCUCUUCUUUUCUUAUGUUUAACACUCUCUAGUGUAUUUAUUGCAGUUUAAUUGAAAACAUUUCUGCAAAUUAAUUUGAACCCCAAGGUACUGAUAAACCAACUGAUAUUACAGCAUUUCAUUGUUUUAACUAGCAUUAUAAGAUGACCUGUUCAUUAUUUGUAUAUACUUUUAUAAAUAUUUAUUGAGAACAUUAAAGUACCGUUUUACAUUUGCUGUGCAGCUUGGCAUCCUCUUCUGGGUCUUCACACGCAUGCACUCUGGAACCUGACCAGUUCACUGCUGCGCAGUUGCUUGAUGCUCAGGGAAGCUGGCCAGUGAGAGACUCCCUGACCCAGCCGGGCCUGAGGGCUACUGCUGAUUAAAUGAGGACUGGACUUGUCAGUGCAGGAGGACAAGAGGCCAUAUUCCAAAAGCCAGCUGUCAGGCAUCCCCACUGAAAGAGAGGAAAAACAUUCAAGGGGGCUCAAGCUGGCAGUGCACUUCAUGAAGCAAAUUUCAAAGUUCUCAUCAUGUAUUUUGUCUACUCUUGGCUUUUGGCAAAUUCCUGAGUCAUGUUUGAUUAUAUAGCAGGGCUCCUAGUGUAACUGACCACAUUUAAAUUACGCCCCAAAAUGGAGCUGGCGAGAUAGCUCAGAGGACUAAAGUGCCUGCUUAGGCAAGUG